UAUUAAAAUGAAGUAAAUAAUAGAACAGUCUACGUUUUCGUAAAUAUUUCUCUAUUUUUACUCUUUCUCAAAUAUUUAUUGUUAUUGAAGUACAAAUGAACUAAGAAUUUAUUCUAAGUGAAAUUAUUUAGUCGAAGGUAUACUUAUUCGAAAGUAGAACAAAUAAUUGUUAAGAAUAACCUAAAAAAUGGAGGAAACUAGUAAAGAACCAAAAAGCGACGAAAAAAUCGAAUUUAAAAAGCCCGUGCUAUUUGGACGCAUCGGGAAAUUGCCGAAAAAGGUUAAGAAUGACGCUGAGAAGGCCGCAGAUCAAAAACAAUCCGAAAAACCAGUGGAAAGAAGCUCAGAAUCGAGUUCCAAGAGUAAUUUGCCACCGGCAGUUCUUUUGAAGGAAUUAUCGACGCCCAUUCCAUAUAAAGAACCCAAAUGGUCUGGGAUUUGUCCAGACGGUUCAGAAUAUGCCCUGGAGGUCUUAAAGUCCGGUAUGAUAGUGGACAAUGUAGAUUUGACACACAAACCAUACUAUGUGUUCGGCAGACUUGCCAACUGUGAUGUUGUGAUGGCCCAUCCCACUAUAUCCAGGCAUCACGCAGUACUCCAAUACAAGGCAUUUGCAGAAGAGGGCGAGCCUCCCUGUGGCUGGUACCUCUAUGACCUCGCGAGUACCCAUGGCACUUUCCUUAACAAAGACCGGUUGAAAGCCAGCCAUUACACGCGGGUCAGGGUCGGCCAUCAGAUCAAGUUUGGCAAUAGUACGAGAACUUAUAUAAUGUUGGGUCCUGAUUUUGACUGCGAAGGAGAAUCAGAGCUGUCCGUCACAGAAAUAAAGAGGAGAGCUCAAGACAUGAAGCUGGAGCGAGACAGAAUGAUACAGGAGGCCGUAGAACAGAGAGAGAGGAACAGAAAAGAAGAAGAGAAGAGAAGGGAAGAACAGGGCAUUGAUUGGGGGAUGGGUGAGGAUGCUGAAGAGGAACCGGAUUUAGCAGAAAACCCUUAUGCUGUUACUGCUAACGAGGAGUUGUACUUGGAAGACCCUAAGAAGACCUUAAGAGGGUAUUUCGAAAGAGAGGGCCAUGAACUUAACUAUAAUUGUGAUGAGAGGGGCGUUGGCCAAUUUAUAUGCAGGGUAGAAUUACCAAUAGACGAUGCUCGCGGCAACCCGGUGGUUGCUGAAGUGAUUCAUCGAGGUAAAAAGAAAGAAGCGGUCAUUGCUUGCGCGUUAGAAGCAUGCAGGAUAUUAGACAGAGCCGGCCUACUUAGACAGUCUAAACACGAAUCUCGUCGACGUAAAGAACGCGAUUGGUCGGCCGACGAUUUUUACGAUUCAGAUGACGACACAUUCCUCGAUCGUACAGGCAGCGUGGAACGUAAGCGUAAGUUACGCAUGCAGAAACUCGGCGCCGCUGAGCGGGAGGACGAGAAACCUAGGACUUAUGAUGAUUUGUUGAAAGAGAUAACCGACAUCGAGAAGAAGAUAUCUUCUGAAGAGGCAACACUAGAGAAGCUACGGUCUUCUGCUUCUAACGCACAACAGAAGACAGAAGAUAUAGAUGAACUGGACUUGUAUAUGAAUAACUUGGGCAAGCAAGGACAAAGUAUGGCGCAGAAGGCUGAGAUAUCUAAAACUAAGAUGAAUAUACAGAAACUUAAAAUGGAACUUUCGAAGACACAACGGCUAGCCGAAAUAGCGAGACCCGCUCACUUGCCCCCUCUAGUUAAAAAAGAUGACAAAAUUAUCAAACAAGCAAGCAACUCCGCAGUUUAUGGUAAAAGAAUAAGACUAAAAGAAGACACAGAGAAGAAAACUAAAAUAAGGAAAGAAAUUAAACAAGAAGAUACGGAAUUUGUCGAAGAAGUGGAUUCUGAUGAUGAAGCAGAAGUAAAUAAUUCAAGAAAACAACAAGUUCCAGAAGUAAACAGCCAAGAAGAAGUACAGAAGGGCCCAGAAGAUAAGAAGAGUAAACCAGAAGUUAAGAGCGAACCAGAAGUUAAGAAGGUUUAUGGGCCUAUGAGACCCCCGGAAAAUUAUGUGAUACCCGAAAGCUAUUUUGACCAGGAAAGUGACAGGGAUCUGCCAGAAAUUAUGGAAAAGGAGUAAUUUUAAUAAAUGUACAAUUU